AUGACGGCAUCCAACGCAAAUUCGUCAUGUAAUUGUUCAAAUACCUGUUCCUCGGAGGGGGCAGCUGACCAGGGUGAUAACCUUUCGAGGCUGUUCACGGACUUCGCCGUGGACAACAACACGUUCGCGGAGGCGCGCAUCAGGGCCGCUUUCUACCCCAAAUUCGAAAAUGACAAUUCCGAUCGACAGACAAGGACUCGGAUGAUUGAGAUGGUGUCGUGUGGCUCAGCUACCAUGGAGGUUACGCUGAAGCAUUCAGGAUCUCUAUUCAUGUAUGCCGGUCACCGUGGUGGAGCAUAUUCCAAGAACAGCUUUGGAAAUAUCUACACUGCUGUGGGCGUUUUUGUCCUGGACCGUAUGUUUCGUGAAGCUUGGGGGAAGGAAGCCCCUAAAAAGCAAGCCGAAUUUAAUGAUGUUCUUGAGAAAAAACGGAUAAACAUUUCAAUGGAACUUGUGACGGCUGUAUUAGGAGACCAUGGGCAAAGGCCAAAGGAUGACUAUGCCGUGGUUAUAGCUGUAACAGAGUUAGGUCAUGGCAAACCAAGGUUCUAUUCUACUCCACAAGUGAUUGCCUUUUGUCAAGAAUGGCGCCUACCAACAAAUCAUGUGUGGCUAUUUUCCACAAGGAAAUCUGCCACUUCUUUUUUCGCUACCUACGAUGCAUUGUGUGAAGAGGGGACUGCCACGCCGGUUUGCACAGCCCUUGGCGAAAUAGCUGAUAUAUGUAUACCAGGGUCAAAGGAUCAUGUGAUGGUACAGGGUGAGAUUCUUGAAGGCCUGGUUGCCCGUAUUGUUAGCCGUGAAAGUUUGGUUCAAAUGGAACAAGUCUUGAAAAACUUCUCACAUCCUCCACUAGAUGGAGUUGACUCUGAUUUGGGACCAAGUUUACGUGAAAUAUGCGCCGCUUAUAGGUCAGAUGAAAACCAGAAAAUUAAAGUACUUCUUGAAAAUGUUGGAUCUUCAAUAUGUCCAGACCAUUCUGAUUGGUUUGGAAGUGGUGGUCUUGAUGCUCAGUCUCAAGACGCUGAUGAAUCGGUUGUCACUUGCUUUUUGCAAGCACAUCCUACUGACAAUACAACUAAGAAAUUGCAGGAGAUGAUUCGUGUGAUCAAGCAGAGAAAUUUCCCUGUAGCACUCAAAUGUUACCAAAAAGUUGAUUCUCUUUCAAAUGAUAACUUGUAUUACAAGAUGGUUAUCCAUGUGCACAGUGAUUAUGUUUUUACAAGUUAUCGGCAAGAGAUGAGGAAAAAGCAAGGGUUAUGGCCACUGUAUAGGGGUUUCUUCGUUGAUGUAAACCUGUUCAAGGCGAAUAAUAGGAAGGCUGCUGAACAUCCCAAAGACAGUAACACUUUACUGAAAAAUAUUGAUGGUGCCGAGAACAGUGACGAGGAUUCAAAUUUGAUGGUCAAACUAAAAUUCCUGACUUAUAAGGUAAGGACAUUUUUAAUUCGGAAUGGCCUCUCCACCCUCUUCGAAGAUGGCCCAUCUGAUUAUAGAGAUGAUUGCCUGAGACAAAUGGAGAAUUGGGGAACAUCAGCAAGUAAACAGAAGGAGCUUUGCGAACUGUUGGAUGAAUGGGCUGUGUAUAUUACAAGAAAGUGCGGAAAUAAUGCACCCUCGUCCUGGACGUAUCUUAGCGAGGCAGAGCCUUUCUUUGAACAAUAUGCUAAAGCAAACCAGGAUUUGAUAGGGGCUGCUGGUGAAUUGGUUCAAGCGUCUAGUCCUACUACGUCCCUCAAUGGUGUUUCAAAACCCGAGGGCCUCAUCGUCUUCUUUCCUGGUAUACCUGGUUGUGCAAAGUCUGCUCUAUGCAAGGAACUAUUGAAAAUGCCUGGUGGCCUUGGUGAUAAUCGCCCUCUUCAUAGUCUGAUGGGAGAUCUUCUUACUAAAAAAGCAAAAUACUGGCAAAAGGUUGCUGACGAGCGGAAAAAGGAACCAUUUACAAUAACCCUCGCCGACAAAAACGCACCAAAUGAGCAAGUGUGGCGGCAGAUUGAGAAUAUGUGUGGGACCACAAAAGCGGCUGCUGUUCCUGUUGUUCCUGAUUCUGAAGGCACCGACACAAAUCCAUUUUCUCUUGAUGCUCUUGCUGUUUUCAUGUUUCGCGUACUCCAGCGGGUCAAUCAUGAGAUAAAGGGAAAUCUGGACAAGGCAUCACAGAAUGCUGGUAAAGUUGUGCUAGAGUUUUACAACCUCUAUGAUGGCAAGAAUCGAAGAGAAUUCGAAGGCCGACUGCACGAGCGUUUCGGCUCCUUGGUUAAGAUGCCUCUCCUCAAGCCAGAUAGAGCUCCAUUGCCUGGUGAUGUCAAAAGUAUCUUAGACGAGGGGCUUAGCUUAUUCAAAUUGGAUCGAAGCAGGCAUGGAAGAAGAGUGGAGCCAUCAGAAUGGACACAGUGGGAGGAGAGGUUGCGCGAGAUCUUGUUGGAGAAUGCUGAUUAUCUUAAAUCCAUUCAGGUUCCGUUUGAGGCUGCGGUGAAACAAGUAGUGGAACAGUUAAAGGCCGUGGCAAAAGGUGAUAUCAAACCACCUGAUACUGCGAAGCGGAGGUUGGGCAAUAUCGUUUUUGCUGCUGUUACAUUAUCCCCGGCAGACGUAUUGGGCCUUGUCCGGAAGGUUGCAGAGAAGGACACGGAUGUCGACAAUUUUCUCAACGGCAUAAAAUUAGAGGAUAGCCUCAAGAACAAGGUGCAUGUCACCCUCGCCCACAAAAGGGUCCAUGGUGUAGCCGCGGUCGCAAGUUAUGCGGUCUACGAGAAGCAGGAACUAGCCGUAUCGUUUAACGCCUUCGUCUACACCGAUAAGAUGGCUGCCCUCGAGGCACAGAUUGGAACGGUAAACGGAGAGACCAUUGUCUGCAGAAAUGAUUGGCCACAUGUUACUCUAUGGACAGCUGCAGGCGUGGCACCAAAGGAAGCAAACACACUGCCGCAGUUGGUUUCCCAGGGAAAAGCAAAGCGGGUGCCGGUCGACCCUCCUAUCACCAUCUCUGGAGUUGUCGACUUGAACUGUCUUUAG